CACCAAAGCAGCUCGGCGGCGGGGUUUAACAACGGCGUGUGUACGACGUGGUGAAUUACAAUGUGAUGAUCGUAGAUCGUAGUUCUUUCACUACAGCGCAGCUGUUGAAGUGACGGCCCUGGGCCCUGGGCCCCCGCGCACCCAUGGCCCCGUCGUGGUGGUCGGUCCCGCCUCAGAAACGGCGCUUUCGGUUCUAUUUAGAAGCCGACUACAUCGUCAAAGUUCCCCUACAGAUUGUGUGGAGCCAGAAGAAAGAAUCGUCUGCUGCUCUAGAUGCUUCACAGGCAAGUUCAGAUGAGCUUACUGAGGACAAUGUCGGGCUCGAAGAUGAACCAUAUCUGCAGGAUGAAUUUCCUAUAACAGUCAGCAAGGUCCAUGGUAAUUCGGAAUGUAGUCAAGAGGUUCCUGAGGAUGUUGAAGUCGACAACCCAGAUGCUGACGUCUCUGAUUGUGUGGCAAGAAAUUCAGCAGUAAUGCUUCCUGGCCUCUCUCAUCCCAUGUCUCGAUGACAUUCUGCCAUCGAGAUACAUCAGGCAUUUCAUGCCGCUUUCUAAAAGCCUCUUCAUGCUGCUCAAGGAAACUGUCGAGGAGUCUGACGCAUUUAUUGCUCAGAGAUUGUUAAAGAGGUUUGUUCAAGAGGUUUCCAUACUGUAUGGUGCAGCCGCUCAGACCAUAUUAUUGUUAUGCCAGGAAAUUAUCUGUCAGCAGUAUUUUUUACCCUUCAUGUACAGUAUCGAGCAUCCACCAGCACAUGUAGGGCAGUGUUUGCUGCAUGAAAGCAGCAUGGCUUCACCGUGUGUUCUUGUAAAUCGAGGGGGAACAUUCGUUGUAGCAAAAAUGCCGAAUCUUUUCGAAGGUGACUAAAAGAUGUGUGCCAUAUUCUUCUAGUGUACGAGACGUGUUUCUCCAAAAGUUCAUAUGGUGCACCUUGUCCAACAGUUGAUAUGAUGGUUAGAAUGUACAGUUUUCCUUUUCUUUCUUUCAUCGGUGAGCAUGUCUCCUUUUUUCAGUGCACUUGUUAUUAAUCCCCCUGCUGCAUGCCUAGGCAUGCAGCAGGGUGUUUUUGUUUUUUGUUAAUUACUCAAGUGCCUCAUGCGCCAAAUAAUUACUCAAUACUUGGCGAGGGUCUUGUGAUAGUAAGGCAGAGAUUAUUACAGAAAUAUUUGUCGUUUAACCUUGAUCUGACACCCGAAUGUAACUACUCUGAUUGACGAUAUAGACUCAUGCAGGAUUUUUAAAAGUAAGAUUCAGUCACACUUACUAUCUACCAUAGGCGUGCGCAGGGUUCCCCUUCAGGGGGGCGAAGGUUCGUCGCAGCACCCCCUCCCAAUUAUGUCAAUGUAUGGCGCUGACAUUGCCCCCCCCCCCGAGUGGCAGCGCCCCCCUGCCUAUUAUGUCAAUGUAUGGGGCUGACUUUGCACCCCCCCCCCCUCUUAGGUGAAUAGGGGGGGCAGCCGCCCCCCCUGCCCUCCUGUGCGCACACCUAUGCUAUCUACAUAAACAUAUUCACCGUCAUCAUAAUCAUUGUUUUGUAUUCUCUAAAGUAUUUGUUUUCUUUGUUUUUUUAAUUUCUGAAACCUUAUGCAUUGAAAUCUUACGUUUCGUCAUGUAAUGUCACAUUCAUGUUUGUUUAUUUUCUCAAACUUUGUUUCAUUUGUUGGUCACAUAUAUGCCUUACUGAUGUCAUUGCCUGGGCCAAUUCACUCAUCUAUUUGUUUUCUUAUACACAUGUGACCUGCACGUAGCAACUAAUUUAUGCUUAUUUCAUUAUUGACUGUUAAUUUUUUACACUGAGCAUUUUGUCAUUUUGGUGGGAUUUUAGGUUUUCAGGGAGCAGGCGCCUUGUCAGGCUUUUAUACCUUUUCGCCGGUCCCCUAGGCAAAUUGUACCUUUCUUUGUUUUGCUUUUUUCCUGAAAUAAACCUCAACUUCACCUUGCUUGUCUAACCGCCUUGUCGUAUGACAUUUGUAGUAUUGGCAUUUUGCAGGAAAAAUAUGCAUAUGCAGAAAACAAACUACAGUUGCAACCGUUCCUUAACAACAAACAUGUGAAACAUUCUUUUGAUGCUAUUUGCUGAUGCUGUUUCUGCCUGUCAGUGAACUUAUAUUUCUGUGGUUGGUUGCCACAUUGAGAAGUGAUAUGUCCGAUACUGGCAGCUGGCUUGUUGCGCCCUUCCUU